AUGCGGGGGCGUUCCCCGUUCGCGGGGUCCCUCCCCGCGGCGCUCGGGGCCGCGGCGCCGCCACCUUCUCGGUGCCUCGCAGCGUGCCGGGCCUUGGUGGACGAGCUGGAGUGGGAGAUCGCCCAGGUGGACCCCCGGAAAACCAUCCAGAUGGGCUCGUUCCGCAUCAACCCCGACGGCAGCCAGUCCGUGGUGGAGGUGCCCUACGCCCGCUCCGAGGCGCAUUUGACGGAGCUGCUGGAGCGGGUGUGCGAGAAGAUGAAGGAAUACGGCGAGAAAGCGGAUCCGGCCACGCACCGCAAGACCUACGUCCGCGUCGUCUCCCACGACGGCACCAAGAUGGACCUCUCCGGCGUCAAGAUCGACGGGGACGUGGCUGCCAGCCUGAAGUUCGCGUGCGAGAGCAUCGCCGAGGAGUACGAGGACGAGCUGGUGGAGCUGCUGUCGCACGAGGCCGACCACGUCAAGGACCGGCUCUGCAGCAAGCGGACGGACCUGUGCGACCACGCGCUGCACCUGCGCCACGACGAGCUGUGACGGCGCGAGGC